AUGGAGGUGGAGCUUUCGAAAAGGUCUUCUCAGCUUACUCAGAAUGAGCGAGCUGGUGGUUGGGAGAACGAGGACUAUGAUUGGGAAUGCCAAGCGAUGGGCGCUAGCUCGUGGUCUGACGUGCCUACGCGUGAGACCUUCCUCUUCAGGAAUGAGCAUGAGCAGUCCUCUACUGCGAGGGGCGCAACUGGCGCAAAUGAUGUGGAUCAUGCUCGGGUGGCAGUUGCAACUACGGCCAAGACGGCCAAGGAGAAGUGCCUCCCUGUACUGCAAGCCAAUCAAGAUGUGUUCAGCUACUUGGCUUAUUUUACCUGUGUUCUGGCUGUCUACAUCGACAUGUGCGGGAAAAAGGUGGACACUGCAACGGAGCUUCAGGCGACUACCAAGGAGAACCUCCUGAAGUGCUACGCCAGCUGCACCCGCUUGGACCUGGCUAUCAAUGCUCUGAUGAUUCGCGGUCGGAAUCUCAAGAUCAGCAAGCCCAAGUCCAAGGCAGCUCCCCCCAAGGCGGGCGGCAAAGGCAAGAAGCGACCUGCAGCCAACCCAAAGAGCGCAGCAGGUGCAGUGAACAACGAGAAUCUUCAGCGGCUAGCUACUGGCAGCUGGCUGCACUAUAUGAAUUGUAAGCGCUCCAAGUCAUCCCAAGAAGAUCACGAUGUCGACCUGGAAGCAGUCGGUUCGCCGCCUACUACGCACACAGUGCCAGUCUACGUUCACGGGGAUGAAGGGCAUACCUACUGUACAAGAUUCCUUUUCACCUGUGUCCCGGCGGAGCUCUACUGGAAUGACGCUACGCUGGAUGCCUUGAACGAAUGGUUCAACAUGUCUGGAGAUGCCCCGUGGCGUUCCGGCGACGAGGCCCCGACGCCAUUCAAGAGGCAGGGCUCGCCACUGUUCGUUGUGCCUGGGCUUGUGGAUCCGCUACGAGCUUUGGUGGACCCAGCGCACACGUGGCAUAUUGGGUGUCUUGACAUCUAA